AUGGAGGAGCAAAAAGAUAGAUCAGAACAAAGACAAGAAAGGCACGGAGAUACAUGGGAUCCAUUUCAGCUAAAUCCAAUUGGUGCCGAAAAAGAAAGCAAAAAAAGAGGGUUUGUUUUUUUGCAGCAUCUGUUUGCUUUGUUUGUUGGACUCUUUGUCCUGGUCUCUGCGUUUUUUAGCAAGGGUUCCCUACUAGUUCUUACUACGAUGGCAAGUGAGAAGUCGUUGCUUGAAAAGGACAGGGCUUUCUACCUCCUUAUGGUGGCAUGCAGUUUAGCAGUACCAAAUGUGCUGCUAUUUCUGAAAUCACUUUGGAAAUGUGCAUUCAAGAACUUUGUGGCACCUAACAUUAAAACAAUGCUUGUGAUAUGUCUGAUUGAAUCCCUUGUGUCAUUCGGUACUUCAAUUCUUGCAUUAGUUGCAAUGCCCUAUUUUGAUAUUCUGACCAACCUGUUCAUAUUAGGAAGCGUUUGUUUUUUCUCAUCAGUUUUCCAGGCAGCGUUCCAUUUACAGAAGAAAGCUUGGAAAAUAAUUUUCCCAAUUUGUUCUGUUGUGUUUGUGUUAUCCGGCUACAUUCUUUUAGGACUAGAUUAUUAUAUACGAAAAACAUCAACUGUUGCUAAUGGGAAUUCUCAAAAUGACUAUUUAUAUGUUGGUCUUGGUAUAUUUGCAACCAUCUUGGUAUCCCUUAACUGGUGGGAAAAUUCAUUCCAAGCCAGUGAUAAACUGCAUAAUGCCCUGACAGAGUUGGAAGGAUUCAGAGAUUUUGUAUUUGUGCUUUCUAGCAUUUUAAGGACAGCUGUUAUUGGCAUGGUGUUUGCAAUAUGUAUCACAGUGGAAGGUGUUCAUUGGUCAGUUUUCAGUAAGUUUCCAGCUGAUACAGUCCAUCGAGGCGUCAGCAUUUUAAUGGUGCAAGCAUUUGCCUCUGCUGUGUGCCACUGGUUUGGGGUGGUGGGCUGUAAAAUACAUGCUGUUCGCUGCAGCUUUGCUCUCCCUGUUGUGUUAACAACACCUGCAGUAGUCAUUGCAUUUGUGGUGUCCUUCUUGAUGCAGUUCAACAAUUUCCUUAAAAACAAUAUCAAUGCCACUAUUGGAGGGUUUUGCGCCAAUUUCUAUAAUUACAAACUUAUGAACACUUCAAAGCUGGUCUUGGAUGAAAUCUCCAAUAGCAUUUGCCGUACAUCAGUACGGUAUAGCGAGCCCUGGGGCCCUGCAGUAAUGGGGCUGGAAGGUCUGUGUUGGUGGGUUGGGCUGUUGUGUUCAACCUACUACAUUUGGACGCAGAAAUUCCAGAGAAUAGAAAGAACAACUCAGAUAUUUGUUCGCCGACUCUAUGAAGCUGCCUUCAUCGAUCAAUCCUUGCUUUUAAACACCAGGAUGAAAAUCAUCAAAGUGAGAAAACAGGAGAGUAAUGAAAAAGUUGAAAGUUGCGUAAUUUAUCUCUGUGCAACAAUGUGGCACGAAACCUUUGAUGAAAUGUUAAAGAUCCUCACAUCAAUGUUCAGGUUGGACAGAUACAGGGGCGAUCCAAAAGAACAACAUAAAGAUAACAUUGAUUUUGAAUGCCAUAUCUUUGUGGAUGAUUCAUAUGAUAAAGAUAAUAAUGUCAACAAAUAUGUGAAGGAUCUUGUCAGCGUUAUAAUAGAAGUUUACAGGGUGUUUACCAACAAGGAACCUGAUGAUGUGUCAAUAAUUGAAACACCGUAUGGAGGACGAUUAACCUGUAUACUUCCAGAAGGAAAUAUGUUAUAUAUACACCUGAAGAAUAAACAGUUGAUCCGUAAUAAGAAAAGAUGGUCACAGAUUAUGUACAUGUACUAUUUGCUUGGAUGGAAAGGCUAUAUUGCAAAGAAUCCUCAAAGAUUACGGACAGUAGUUAACCCCUGUCGAGCAAGUCUGGUAUCAAUGAAUGGAAACGCCUUCAUUUUGCCUCAAGAUGAAAAUGAUAGCAAGAGAAAAAAUAUAUCAGAUGAUAACACAUAUAUCAUGGCACUGGACGGGGAUACUGACUUUCAUCCAUCAGCUUUGAUCUUGCUGGUGGACCGACUUCGAAUGUAUCAGAAUGUAGGAGCAGCUUGUGGAAGAAUACACCCUACUGGAAUGGGUCCUAUGGUGUGGUAUCAGAAAUUUGAGUAUGCUGUGGGCCACUGGCUCCAGAAGACAGCUGAGCAUGUCUUUGGUUCUGUUCUCUGCAGUCCUGGAUGCUUCAGUUUAUUUAGGGGAUCAGCACUUAUGGAUGACAAUGUUCUUAAACGAUAUACAACUACCUCAACUAAAGCCGGGGAAUAUGUCCAGUAUGAUCAAGGGGAGGACCGCUGGCUGUGCACCCUGCUUCUACAACAAGGCUGGCGAGUUGAGUACAAUGCAGCUUCUGAUGCCUACACCAAUGCCCCUCAGGAGUUUAAUGAGUUUUACAACCAAAGACGGCGCUGGGGACCCUCAACACUGGCCAAUACCCUGGACCUCCUGCACAGUGGCGCAGAAACAUCCAAAAAAAACAGUUCAAUUUCCAGCUUGUACAUAUUUUACCAGAUAUUCACAGUUGGUUCGUCCAUUCUGGGUCCUGCCUCUGUUUGUUUGAUGAUAGCAGGUGCCUUUUCUUUUGUGUUCAAUUGGGAUGCAAACUUUGCUAUUUUAUUAAGUGUUCUUCCUCCUGCUGUCUACAUCAUAAUUUGCUACACAACCAAACCUGCUUUCCAGCUUGCUGUGGCUGCCAUUUUGAGUGUAUUGUAUGCCUUUCUGAUGACUGCAACAUUCUUAUCUAUUAUAGGUCAAAUGGUAGAAGAGAAGACCUUUAUCACACCAUCAGGCCUGUUCCUUGUGUCAGCCAGCAUUUUAUAUGUAACAACAGCGAUCCUCCACCCCCAGGAGUUUGGCCUACUUAUUUAUGGUCUGAUGUAUGUAAUCUGCAUCCCAAGUGGGUACCUGCUGUUAGCUAUAUAUUCACUGGUCAACCUCCACAUUGUGUCAUGGGGUACCAGAGAGUCCACCAGUGAGGUGGCUAAAGAGAAAACUAUGGGUGUGGUGUGUGACAAGAGGUGCACAAUGUGCUGCUGGGAUAUAAAAAUAGAGGUCAAUCAGGAGACUAAGAAUGUGGUCUUGCAACAACUCCAACAAACGGUUCAACCAAAAAAUAAAAACAAACAACAAAAUCUGAAUAACCUGCAAGAACUCCAGCUCCAGACCAUCCCACAAGAUGGAAACGAGGCAGCACCUUUGAAAAGGCCGUCAGAAUAUCGACUUGCCGGACAACACGACCCCUCUCCCCCACCCAGCGAUAAAUCUGAAGACCAGUAUGAAAAAGAAAAACACGUUCGCUUUAGGGAUCUGGAUGAGGAUCAGGAUCAGGGUCAGGAUCAGGAUCAGGAUCAGGGUCAGGAUCAGAAUGAGGAUCAAAUUGAAGAUCUACCUGAAAAUGUUUGGAUUAAACCAAUUAAAGAAGAAUUCCUAAAGAAACUUACUUACGCUAACUUGAAAAGGAACCUGGCAGCACAAAUAAAGCACGCGCUCAGAGACAAAAAGCAUGAAGAUGUGUGUGAUGAAUUGGUUCUCAUGCUAACAGACACUUUGAAUCAGGAACUAUUUGACACAGUAGGUCCAGAAGAUAUAUUACCUGACAGUUUGGUUGAAGAACUUAGGGAGUCCCUAAAUGAUUGCGCAAGAAGAAUUCUGGUAAUGAAUCAAGUGGAAACUCUGCAAAAGAGAGUAAGAAGAGCUAUAGAAAAAACACUGAUGGCUCCUCAGGUGGAAAAACUACCUGAUGAAGAACGUGACUUUUGGGUAAAGUUAAUUGAAAGAUACCUGGAACCUUUGUCAGAGGACAAAGCCCACAAAGAAGAGGUUAAAAGGGAGCUGAAAUCACUUAGAAACAAGGCCACAUUUCUUUACUUCAUCGUCAAUAUCCUGUGGGUGGUUGCUACAUUUUUCCUUCAAGCCAUUGGGGAAGCCAUCAGUAUCAAAAUUCCCAAAAUCUAUCCCAAUGGCACUGUUGCAGAUGAAUAUCUCAAUGUGGAGCCCAUAGGAUUGAUGUUUCUGCUGACAUUUGCAGUGCUACUCUUUGUGCAGUUUUUGGCAAUGCUGUAUCACAGGGUAUAUACCCUUAUCCAUAUGGUAUCCUACAGAACUACUGAAAAAGAAUACGCGACCAAGGAUUCUGAUGAUGAAGAUGAGCUGACAAUUGCUAAUAAAAUUCCAUCUAUGUUUUCUAUCGAGGAUGACAUCCCAAUGUGA